GUUACUAAACGAUAUCAAAAUAUACAAAAUGAUUUCUUACCGACAUCCUUACCAAGCUGUCUCGAAUGCUCAAUGGACGCCAUUUCUUCGUUUCAAUUAUGCAGGAAGUUCAGAUUUAGAAGACAUUACAACAAAGAAGAGGAAAUUUUCAUCUGAUCAAGGCUCGGGUAUUACGAACGUUGCAAUUGUAAAUCAGGAGACACAAGAUAGAAAAAUUCUAGAUUUUUCGAAGUCUUCCGAACUGGUGGCAAAAAUGAACAAUCGACAAAGGAAGCCGAAAACUCUUUUCACCAUAGAUGCAUUACUGGGCCAUUCGACCGAAAGCCCAAGCAAAAAGAGAAAACUUGAACUUCCGCAGUCAACAAAAACCAAAGAUGAUUCAUUCGACUCUGGUUUUGUAUCGUCUGGAGAAAACGACGAAUCAAUUCUUGCAUGUCCUGUUGCAAAUGACAGUGGAAUUUGUGUCAGUGAUUCACGAGAAGAAUUUGGUCAAAUUCAUUCUGUGACAACAGACUUACCUCAACCUAAAGUAAAAAAUGAUCGACAAUUACCGCACCCAGAAAGCUAUAGUGGUUUAUAUAUUCCUGUCAAUGAUGCAUAUUAUUUACAUUCCGGAUUACACCACUUUGUGCAGCAAAAUUGGAUGUAUCACAACCAACAUGCAAUAUCGUAUGCACCGAUUGAGACUGCAGCUUUCGUUGGUCAAGGCAAUACCCACUCAAAUAUGUGUUCACAUUCACCGAAACACGGAUCUCAAAAAACAGAAAAGACUAAAAGAACAAGAACUACAUUUACUCAAAAACAAUUAGAAUAUUUGGAAAGCGAGUUCAACAAUCAACAAUACAUGGUUGGAAUUGAAAGACGAACACUUGCCAAAAAGCUCAGACUUACAGAUGCGCAAGUAAAAGUUUGGUUUCAAAAUAGAAGAAUCAGGUAUAGGAAUGAAAAGAAGCGCGAAUCCGAAGAAGAAACCAGCAAAUUGGACAUUCUCAAACGAGAAGCGAUCGGAAAAUGCUAAGAUUUCUUAUAUUUAUAGAUUGAGUUCCAUAGUUUCCUGUAGAGGUCGUCCUUAUAAUAAUUGUUCAUAAAAGUUUCAUGAAAUAAAGUUUUCAAUAAAAUAUAUCAAAAUAUUUGUUCCAUUUUGUUGUUAAG